AAGCUGGUGGAUUUGUGGAGGAAAUCGGAGGGGAGUUCAGUCAUUGCCGUGCGCCGGCCGUUGCUGAUAAAUUCGUCAGUGUUUGCUCGUCACCACUGAAAGAGACACGUUAUUCCACUCUCGUAGCUUAUAAUCCGUUGUUUUAUUAUUCAUGUAAUAAACGAAUUGUGGUCCAGUGAUUCUGAAAAAAUGGGGGACACGAAGACUGAGCACAUUGUCAUGACACCCAAAUGCAAAACUGCUAAUUCAACGACACUAAUUAUCGAGAGACAAUCAUUGGAUUGUCUACCUCAGACGGAUCAGAGGGGUGUUCAUGUGGCUGGGGGAGAUCAUCAGGGAAUUGUCAUCAAUAAACAUGCAACUGCAGCGAACGGGAUUUCGAGGCCUGCCCAUCUCGGCCUCGAGUUUCGGGUCUUCCUCGUUAGUGCACAAACUAAAAAACACACCCAGGAGUCAAGGAGACUCCAAUUCUGGUUUGUUAAUUCAUUACCGGAAAUAGAACAGCCUCACGUGGCACAGGAAUUCUUCAGGGAGCUAGUGAGCCCCCAAGAAUUUCCCAGAGAUUACGUCGGAUUUAUUAAGAAGAUCAUGAAACUAAUGCAGCACAAAUAUCCAAACAUCAAGAAACUGGAGGUGGAGUUGAAACAGCUGGAGGAACCAAUCACUUUACCAUGGAGACCAUUAUCCAUUGAUGAGACUAUAAUCGGACAAGCGGUCGAAUUGACCGCCGAGAAAGUCUUGGAGCUGAUAGAAUCCGCCUACCCGAAUCCAGUUAAUAUCGAGGACAUGGCAAAAGAGUACAAUUGGGAGGCUGAUGCAGUCACCGCAAUAAUGGUGGCUCUAGAAAUGAAAGGGAUGGUGAAGGCAAUGGGACUUGGAGCAUUCACUAGAGUUGCUCAUCAAGACACUCAAAUCAAAGUGGUCAAACAAAUGCCGACAAUGGCAAGUGCAAAACAGCCGACAAUAGCGAUUAUUACAGCUCAAUACUGCGAAAAACUAGCAGUGGACUCGAUGAUUGAGAAUAAAGAGACCUUUGUCCGCUACACGACUGUUGGUACCGCAAGCUCACCAGACUCCGUCGAUGGGAGUAUUCCAAAAGUCAUUUGCCGAUUUGGGGAGUCGAACGUGUACACCCUAGGGAAUAUCGGAGCUCAUAGAAUAGUUUGUACAAAGCUCCCAACAGUGGGACACACGAGAGAGGCAAUGACAGCAGCAGGAAAUACAACGACUCGUCUCCUGGGAACAUUCCAAAAAGUUGACUACGUGUUUCUGGUGGGUGUAGGGGGUGGAGUGCCCCACUACACGGACUACAAUAAGCACGUCCGACUGGGUGACGUGGUGGUAUCCCAUCCCACACCCUUGAAUAACAAAUACGUCUACAUCUACUGCGAAGGGGCUAAAUCGAACGAUGAUGGAAGUUAUCACUUCGAUACAAAGGAGUACUGUCCCUCGAACCUGGGCAUUCAGGAGAUAUCUCAGACACUCAAGACCCAGGCAGAGGAGUCCACUCCACCCUGGAGAAAUUAUCUGGUAGAGGGGCUGGAGAAUUUGGGUAAUCAGUCGCAGCACGAUUUCCAGAGGCCUCCAGAGGAGUCUGAUAAAUUAUACAUGGCUAUUGGUGAGAGGGAUAUCAUCGAGGUAGAGCAUCCAGCAGCCCCCCAGGACACACCCAAGAGAACCGACUGUCCUAAAAUUCAUCUGGCUCCUGUUGCAUCAGGGCGAAUAGUCUCUCGUGACGAUCAACUCAGGCAAAAGUUUGCCUCUAGAUUUGGCUGUUUGGCUUUUGAUGCUGAGAUGGAUGCUGUUGUUGAAAGCAUUUUAGGUAACUGUCGAGACAGUUUUGCUGUGAUCCGAGGUAUCGCUGAUUACAAGGAUGGUGCCAGGGGUAAAGAGUGGCAGCCAUAUGCAGCACUCGCUGCUGCUAGUGUUGUCAAGUCUAUUAUUUGUGCUAUGGAUCCACCAACCAAUGUCUAAAAUCGACCUCGGAGUUUAAUCAAAUUUUUAAGGUAACUAGUGAUUGUCAGAAAGUAUUCGUGAAUUUUUGAAAAAGAUAAUAGAAAUUUUUCAAGAGAAUUACAUGCCAUUUGAUUCUGGAGAACGGAUCCUUAAUAUCAAGUCCUGUCGAUUACUGAAGGAUUAUUUAUUGGAUUAAUCAUUUUUGAAUGAUUUUCAUCGGGAUUAAAUGACGUGCCACCGACUAAGAGUUAUCUAGAAUAAGAAUCUAUUUAUAUCUGAAACUGAAAGCGAACCAAAGUGGAGUUUACGUUCUAGUACAGCUGUUUAAUUCAUAUCUACCAUAGAAUUUAACGCAUGAAUUGUUCCUACUGUUGGAAUGAUUUUAGGAGUAAAUGUAAGCUUUACGAUAGGAUAACGUGGAGAGAAUAAUAUAAUAUUUAUGUGCCAGCGUGUUCAAAAAAUAUACGAAAAGUACUGCCAUAAUUCAUGAUAAUCGUUAACUAUUUCAAACAGUUUAAAUAAAGAGAAAACAGAGAUAAAAAAUAAUGGUAAAAGCACAGGGUAGUUUUAAAUGAGAUACAAUGGCGUUUGAAACACCAUUUCAUCCAAGUGGACUUGGAUUCAAAACGAAAAUAAUUAAAUUAGAUUUUCGAUAACGGAUUAAUCAUUUGUGGCAGAAUUCUUGUCUAUUAUUUAGUCGUCAGAAUAUUUAUUUAUUUAUUUUCAAUCCCAGUCCGUAGUUCUUAAAAAUUUUAAAGCUGAGGAUCAAAAAUAGAAACGAGUCGUAAAAGAUUAUUAAUGGAUAUAAAAAUAUAUUAGAGAGAUAUGAGAAAUAUCGUAUUCAGUUUCGAUUUACCUGAAGAACUUCUUAUCUACAAUCAUCGCAUAAAUUCUAGGUAUUAAUUCUUCUAUUAUGAUUUUUAACCGCACGUUGACGCUAGUCGUAGUCGAACUGUGUUUACUCGUUAAUUGAUAAGUUAAUUAAUAAUGCAGCUACAAAUCACAGCGCAUAAAACGACAACUCAUUCCGUCUCGCUUUUAUCUGUUAAUUAUAAAAAUGUCUUCCAACGGACCAAUCGAUUAGUAACUACAACUUCAUUAUUCAUAAUUUCGUAAUUUUUUAAUGCGUUGAUAAACUGUCAUUAAUUGUCACUGAAUUAUUUGAGUAUGGAGAGAGAAAUAAAAAAAUCCGUACUAAGAAAAUUCAUUCGUCGUGAUUAAUUCAAUUUCCCAUAAAAAAAAAAAAAAAAAAAAUGAUCAAUAAUGCAACUGAUAAUUGAGAUAGAGUUUCUGUGUUGGAGUAUCAACUAUCGAUUAUUGUGCAUCAAGGGGAACAAUUAUGGCAACUUCUGUAAUCGACUUCUCGGGGGGCAAGCCUAAGGUAAUUAUCUUAAUACCGCAGGUAUUGUUCACAUGUGUUGGAAAUCUUAGAGGUGACAGAUGCCUCUUCACCUCUUCAUCGCAAGUAUCGUCUCAAUUCCAUUAACGUCAAGAGGAUUCAGACGUAUCUCCCUGAAAAUGGCACGAGAUAUCGACUAUCAGCAUCCAAUAAAAUCCAUUAAAAGUAGUGGAUGGCUGUCAUGCCGAAAUAUCCUGUGGCACCUAGUUUUCACUGGAGGUAUUGUCAACUACAUGGUGAAGGUCUGUCUAAAC